AUGUCGUGUCUGCUGUUCGAUCUAGCGAUAGAACCCCUUGCUGCUGCUUUCCGAUUGUCCACGCUGCGGGGCAUAGAAGUCCCGGGGGCGCAGGAGCGGCUGAUCGCAAAACUUUUCGCGGAUGACACGACAGUCUACCUGUCGGAGGAGGAUGAUUACAGCGAAAUGGAGUCGAUCACCUCUAAAUGGUGCCGAGCGUCGCGUGCAAAGUUUAACACGUCUAAGACGGAAGUGCUCCCCAUGGGGACUGCUGAGUACCGCGCAAAACUCAUUGAAGGCAGGGCGAUGAACCCUAGCUCAGCGCAGAUACCGGAGUCAGUCCACAUAGUGAAGGAUGGCGAGGCGAUUAGAACCCUGGGGGCGUGGAUAGGAAACAACGCACCUGAGGCGACACCGUGGACUGCAAUCCUCCGCACCAUUGAGAGUAGAUUAGAGAAAUGGAGUCAAGGACACCCAACACUUAACGGAAGGCGGCUGAUUGUUGGAAUGGAGCUCGGGGGACGAACGCAAUUCCUCGCGAUGGCGCAGGGGAUGCCGAAAGAGGUGGAAAAGAAAUUGACGGACAUGGCCGUGAACUUCAUGUGGAAGGGUGACAAGCACCCCCGUAUCGCGCGCGAAGUGCUG